AUGCGCGACCAUCAUCCUGGAACGUUAUGCGAUAAAUCCGAACUAGCAGGCAGUCUCGAUACAGGCACAGAGUUCCAUUUCAGUUCCAAUCUCGAACCAGUGAUCUCCAAAUUGGCCAGCAUACAUGCUUCUCCAGAAUUCGAGGUUUACUGGGACUCUGAAGACCCCGAAAACCCACGUCUAUGGCCGCUCUGGUACAAAGGUCUCACUGUGGCUACCAUGAGCCUUGGUGCCACAAUCGUCAGUUUGUGCAGUACACUAUAUACGUCUGGGAUUCCAGGAUUACAGGAGGAAUUCCACAUUUCCAAAAUCGUGGCCCUCCUCGGUGUCACGACUUAUCUUUUGGGCAUGGCGACCGGGUGCAUUCUCUUUGCUCCGCUCAGCGAGCUUGUGGGUCGUCGGCCAAUCUAUAUUGUCUCGAUGCUGAUAUUCUUGCUACUGCUAUUGCCCAGUACUCUAGCGCAGAAUAUUGAAUCCAUCCUUGUGGGCAGGUUUUUCGGGGGAUUCUUUGGAAGUGCAUUGAUGUCCAAUUCGCCAGCAUCUGUCAAUGACAUUGUCUCCGAUGAACAUCGGGCAUUGGCGUUUGGCUUUUGGUCCAUCGGCCCAACCAAUGGCCCUGUCUAUGGUCCUAUCAUAGGAGGUUUUGUAUUCCAAUAUCUUGGCUGGAGAUGGACAAACUGGAUCGUUCUGAUCCUGGGAGGCGUGGUUUUGGUUCUGAUUACCGCCAUCAAGGAAACAUAUGCACCAUUGAUUUUGAAGAGACGCGCUGCCAAAAGACGACAGGAAACGCAGAAUCCAAAAUGGUGGACUCGCUACGAUAAUGGUGUUGAUUUUACAUCUGUAUUGAAGGCAAAUCUCAAGAGACCGUUCGUGAUGCUCUUUACCGAGCCAAUCUGUAUGUUCUGGGAUGGCUAUGUCGCGAUCGUUUACGGCAUCCUCUAUCUAUGCUUCGUUGCAUAUCCACUGGCCUUCCAACAGGAACGUGGAUGGUCGCCAGGCAUUGGUGGUCUUUCCUUUGUAGGUAUAGGAAUCGGUGUCUUGCUCGCCAUCGCAUGCGAACCUCUCUUUCGCAAAAUCAUCAACCUCCACCGCAAAGAUCCAGAAACAGGUGCAGUGCCGCCAGAGGCUAUGGUCAGCAUCGUUUUCUUUGGUGCAACUCUUCUAGCCAUUGGACAGCUGUGGUUUUCCUGGACGUGCACCCGUAAUGUUCACUGGAUUGUCCCUAUCUUAGCCGGCCUUCCUUUCGGUGUGGGUAAUGGGUGCGUCUUCAUCUAUUCUUCAAACUACCUAGCCCGGUCUUAUGGUCUAUAUGCCGCAUCUGCGCUUGCGGGAAAUAUGUUCACGCGCAGUGUCAUGGGGGCGUUCCUUCCGCUUGCUGGUCCGUCGAUGUAUGGGACUCUCGGCUUGAAUUGGGCAAGUACAAUCCUGGGGCUGGUGGAGGCAGUGUGUAUCUCGAUCCCUGUUGUUUUCUAUUUUUAUGGGCACUUGAUUCGGAAGGCAAGCCCAAUGAUCCAAGAGGUGGAGAGACUUCAAGCGGCAAGUUAG